GCCGCUAGGAUGGCGGGACGAUGGUUGCGGCACGGCUCGUGGCAGCAAGUGAUACUAUUGAGCGGACGCUGCAGCGUACGGCUGCCUGGCGCGGGGAAGGGAGAGGGCAGCAGGCAUUGUUCAGGAAGUGCAUCACUUCAGAAGACUGAAGCUGACCCAGGAGUUACUGAAGAAGAAAUUGUUGUUCCAAGAAAGAAAACUUGGGAUAAACUAGCAGUUCUUCAAACUCUUGCAUCUACAGUAAACAGGGAUCCUACAGCUGCACAUUAUAUGUUUCAAGAUGACCCCUUCCUUAUCCCUAGAAACUAUUUUGAGGCUCGUUCACUUUCGUUGUCCAAGGAGUCUGGGAAAAAUGCUGCAAAAUACAUUGUUAACGAAUUCCCUCAAUUCUUUGAGAAGGACAUUGCGGAGCCUCAUAUACCGUGCCUGAUGCCAGAGAAUCUUGCACCUCAGAUUGAAGAAGUGAGUGAGGCAGCUCUUAAAGAACGUAUCCAGCUUAGAAGAGUAAAAGCUUCUGUGGACAUGUUUGAUCAGCUCCUGCAAGCAGGAACCCCUUUAUCUCUGGAGACAUCAAACCGUCUUCUGGAUCUAUUAUGUUUCUAUGGAGACAGAGAGCCUACUAGGGAAGAUCAGUCUGAACAAAAGGAGGAGCUGAAAGAAUCAGAGGAGGAAGCUCCAGAUCAGAGGAAACGGAGGGGGCGUUCACGGAAGACCUCAGACUUCAUUGGCCCUAAGUGGAGGGAGAACAACAAUGCCGAAAGGAUAUUUAACCUAAUGCCAGAGAGAAAUGCACACUCCUAUUGCACAAUGAUCAGAGGAAUGGUGAAGCAUGGGGCUUGCAAGAGGGCUCAUGAUAUGUACACAGACUUGCUGAAUGACAGGCACACCGCUGAUGUGUACACCUUCAAUGCCCUAAUUUUAGCAGUCCGAGAAGUGAAAGAAAACUACAUUGAAAGAUGGGAACUUGUUGAAGACUUGCUGAAGCACAUGGUUCAACAGAAGGUGCAACCAAAUCUGUUAACUUUUAAUGCUGUUUUGAAGACCCUGAGGAAAUGUGGUGGUGUGGGCAAGAGUAUCUCCCUAAAGAUACUGAGGGAAAUGAAAGCACUUAACAUAGAACCCAGCCUUGCAACAUUUGAACAUCUCCUUGAUAUAUUUUAUAAAUCCGGCUCAAUGGAACUCCUCUAUGAAGUGAUGGAUGAAAUUGAAGGAAAGACUUUUGUUGCUCGGGAUCCAGACGAUGACAAGUUCUUUGUCAAUGCGAUGCGAAUAUGCUUCAGUCUUAAGGAUGUUGCGCUUGCAUAUAGAUUACAUAAGGUACUGGAGACAGGAGACAACUGGAAACUUAUAGGAGAUGCACAGAAACAGUCUUUCUAUUGUACAAAGUUCUUUACUCUGGUGUGUAUGAUGGAACAACUCGAUGUCAUAUUCAAGUGGUAUAAAGAACUGGUCCCUUCGCUCUUCUACCCAAAUGCUCAAGUAAUGUGGGAUCUCCUUCAAGCAUUGGACACAGCCAACCAUUUGGAAAUGGUCCCUCAGAUUUGGAAAGAGAUCAAACAGAUUGAGCUUAGCAAAAGACCCGAACUGUUGGAGGAGGUGUUGGCUCUGAUGGCCCGGGAGAUACACCCUCAGGAGACUCAAAUGUCAUUUGCCAACUGUGCUGCAGAUAUCAAAUCUAUAUUUGAAACUCAAGAGAGGAACCAGGUCCCCUUAGAGUGGACAGCGAGUGCUCUGGGUAACAUUGCCAUACUGUUCUCAAGGGUGGGGAGUAUCCAAGAAGCCUGGAACGUGCUGGAGCUUUUCAAAAAAAACAAGAGAGUCCCCAGCGACAAGGUGAUGAACGAGGUCUUGACCUGCACUAAACAAAGCAACGCUCCAGAUAAGGCGGUUGAGCUAGUGAAGUUGGCCGCUGCCUUCAGUCUACCUACAACUGCAAAGCUUGCAAGGAGGGUGAUAGAGGAGUUUGAACUGUCUGAAGAGCAGAAGAAGGCUCUGGAACAUGCUGAUCCCCAAAGCAGUGAUAGCGACAGCGACUAGGAGCUGUUUCUCUAGCUUUCCCUGUGAAACAAAGAAUGGGAGCAGUUUCUCACUACUAUGGCCUGUGUGGGCUGCUUUGGAAAGCUGCACUCAUGAUGUCUCACCUCUCCUUCCAUUGGACGUGACAGACCAAAGGACGCUAGGAAUAAGAGGCUUGUAUUGUUCUGCUUGCAGCAAUACCUCUCCUCCCACCACUAUCCUCAAACCAGCUAAGAGAUGAUGGAAGCUCUUCCCUGUUAAAUGCUCCCCUAGUGACUUGUCCAGGGGUUAGAGAAGAGACAUACAGCUAUGAACUAGACCACAUCUACAUGAACCUUACCUGUUUUCUGUUGACUUAGUCUGUGAAUUUAAACAGCCUUAAUUACUGUUUCACUGUCUUACAUGAAACAUUAUCAGCCCUGUGCAAUCAGUCUAUUAAGUGUUAUAAGUUACUCUGCAGCACAAUGGAGCUGAUCUAUGAAGACUCCUCCAGGGACUUGCUUAUGGUACCAAACCCCUCUUGGGUUCAGGAAUGGGCUUUGGGGCCAGAGGCCAGAACUGUGACAGCUGCUCUACUGUGAGCCUAUAAGGCUCCAGCUACCCUGCAACCUGGGGGUGUGAUUCUCACCUUAAAAUGUACAUGGCUGCUGUACUCAAAGAUGCUGCUUCUACCCUCCAGCAAAGGCCUACACUGACCUUGUCUUCUAGCAUGCAUGGGCAGUGCUGCCUUGAAAAUCUUGAUAGUUCCCUUUAACUGAUACCACUAGGAUUGUUGUCCCUAACACACCCACACCAAAGGCUAGAGUUUAACCUCCCAGGCUCCACUGUGGGAAGAGGGAGUUUGUCAGUCUUUUAAUCAGCCUUCUCAGAUGAAUCUUUUCAUUGAAGAGGAUCACAGUUGGGUAGUAUGGAGAACCUCAAGGCACAAAUUAAUCAAUUCUUUUCAUUGUAACAUCCUUUUGAUCACUUCCGUAGCUACCAGCAUAGCAAAGGUUAAGCUCAGCAGUACUUCCUUCCUACACUAAAGCAGUUCCCAUGUAUCCACUACUGACCAUGCAAUAGCAGAAAAGAGAAAAGGGUUUGAGUGCAGGAUUAAAAGUGAAGUGUGACAGUUAAGAGGGAGUAGGGGAAGAUGCACCUCUACAACAAUUUGAAUAGCCUAAACACACUAAUUACAAGUAAGGGGGAUAAGAGGAAAACUGGACAGACAUAGGAAGAGUCUCUGCCAUGUCACACUUGAUUAGAUUAAGCAAAAGGAGGGCAGCUCUAUUCUUUCUUCCUGUCCUCCAUUGCCAUAUUUACAGCUAGACUAAACAAAAAAUAGUGCAAGGAACAAGUCAGUUGUUUCUAACUUUGUCUCAGCCAGUGACAGGAAUGGCUGGCCUUUACAUCGGUCAACCAUGAGGAUAUAGCUAGUGUUGCAGUAGUAGCUUGGAUUGCUACUAUAUCAUUCAGCCACUGCUCUUUGGUUCAUGUAAGUCAGUGUAACUGGGAUUUUCCUAUAGGAGUACUGCUGGGCCUACAAAAACCUUUCCAAAUGUUUGAAGCUGAAGCAGUAAAUAGCAACUUUUGUUGGUGAGAAUUGAAAUGCUCAUAUGGGGAUGUGAAUUUAUUAUGAUAGGGUUGUAGAUAUCUGUUCUAGGUAAAUAUCCUACUUCUAGGUGUUUUGAUUUUUAAAGCACUAGGCAAAGUUAACCAUACAGAAAUGUAUAAUAAAACAUGCCAGAACUAAAGGGGAAAUUGAUGUGUUUGAACUAGUUCAUAUAGAAUAAGGGUAAAUAAAGGCUUGAACAGGUCUACUUCGCUAUCUUCCAUGUUGGAACUGAAAUACAGUAAGCGGUCUAAAUCUGUUGUAUGUUUUGUAAAUAAAUAUAUGUAGUUUGUUUGGGA